AGAGCACUUCGGAAAGGAACAGGAAAACCAUGCAAGUCAGCAUCACACCCACCAGCAACAGCUUGAAUGGAAGUGCCAGUUGCCUGGAUGCGACCCUCAUUGCUUGCACAGAAACAGUGACUUUCAGCGAAGUGCUGGUAGAAGAGGAAUGGGAAUCUUUUUAUUAUUCCUUUAAGACAGAACAACUUGUGACUCUUUGGAUCCUUUUUGUCGUAACAGUUGUGGGGAACUCCAUUGUUCUGUUCUCCAUCUGGAGGAGGAAGAGAAAAUCCAGAAUGACUUUUUUUGUUACUCAGCUAGCCAUAACAGAUUGUUUUACUGGCCUUAUAAAUAUAAUGACGGAUAUAAUCUGGCGCUUCACCGGAGAUUUCAUGGCUCCUGAUCUUGUCUGCCGAAUUGUUCGCUAUUUGCAGGUUGUACUUCUCUAUGCCUCCACCUAUGUCCUGGUUUCACUAAGCAUAGACAGAUAUCAUGCCAUAGUUUACCCAAUGAAGUUCUUUCAAGGAGAAAGGCAGGCAAAAAUUCUCAUUGUGGUUGCUUGGGGCCUCUCUUUCUUGUUUUCAAUUCCAACUCUCAUCAUAUUCGGGAAGCGGAAACUUUCCAAUGGGGAAAUGCAAUGUUGGGCUGUCUGGCCAGAUGACUCUUAUUGGAUCCCUUAUAUGACGACGGUUGCUUUCCUGGUAUAUUUUAUUCCUCUGAUUAUUAUCAGUGUUAUUUACUUCAUUGUGAUUCGGACAAUAUGGGCUAAGAGUAAAGCCCAUGCUAUAAUCGUGUCCAACUGUUCUGAUGGCAAAUUCUGCACAAGCUACACCCAUCGAGGAUUCAUAUCAAAGGCAAAAAUCAAAGCUAUCAAGUACAGUGUGGUAAUAAUCCUUGCAUUUGUACUCUGCUGGAGUCCUUACUUUCUCUUUGAUAUCCUGGAUAACUUCAGCAUCCUUCCAGAAACCAAAGAACGCUUCUAUGCAGCAGUAAUUAUUCAGAAUCUGCCAGCUCUAAACAGUGCCAUCAACCCCAUCAUCUAUUGUAUCUUCAGUGAGAAGCUUUGCCAGGCUUUCAGACCAAGAAGAAGAUCAGGAAAUUUGGGGACUUUCAGAGAGAGAACAGAAGGGCAGGAGAUGCAGGCUCUGUCCAAGCCAGAAUAUAUUUAAAGACUGUCUAUAACUACAAAGACUACAUUGAAUCUGAUGAAUGAAUCUGAAAACGUCAUGGGAAACCUUUGUAUCCUGGAAGGCAGGAAUUCACUAUAUAUGUACUCUUGUGGCCAAUGUAUGCUCCACUCAAACAGAAGUUGAAAUUCCACGCUGUUACUGAGCUAGAGCAUGUCCUUGCUUUUCAGCCACAUUGCAAUGUUUAUACAUCCAGUUGAUGUAUUUAUUUAAAAUAUCAUGUCAAUUUUGAACAUGAUAUCAUACAGUUCAUAUUACAAAUACUGUCAUCUGGAUCAUAGAUAAGGUCUAGGUGACAUGGUUGACAUAUACGGUUGGCAUAUGAAAGUACUAAUUUGUAAAAAAAAAAAAUGGAUUGUAUCAGGGAUAACCUUUCCUUUACAGCAGUCAUAUAUCAAGUUCAAUAUAUUUCAGAAAAGCCUAUGCUGUGUUCCCAUUGUGUGGCUUAUAGCUAUAACUGAUAAUAUUAAGCUCACCUAAACCUAUUGAAUCAGUGGAGUUGAGUUUGCUUACGCCUGUGUUGGGCCGUGAUAAUUUUCUUUCAUAUAUAUAAAAUAUUUUUUGCUUGCAAACAUUUUAUCAGUUUGUUGAAAAUCAAGGGACUCACUCACAUGAUAGGCUGGAUCCUGAGUAUUAAAUUCUAACUAACAGAAAAAUUGUCCCAAAAGCUCUUUUCCAAAUUCUGGACAUGCCUCAAAGUAACAUGCCAGAAAGUUCUGUUCUUAAACAGGUGUUCUUUGUCUCUCUUUUACUUCUAAAUUAUUAAUUAAAGAGAGAGGGUGAGUAACAAUAGGACAGAUUUGACCCAUAUGUCUUCAACUGUGGAUUCUUUACCACUUUAUAAGCAACUAAACAGAACAUCAUUAACCCUAUAGUUUUUUUUUAACUGCUUUUGAAAAUUCUGUUUUAAAAAAAGUAUGGAUAAUUACAUCCUAUUAUCCAACAACCAUUUUUUUUUUCUUUUAGAUAUUCUGGGUUACAUUUUGUCUCUUGUAUUGUCUAAUGUCCUUCAAGCUUGGAUGUGCUUCUGCCAUGACUUCUGUACAUGGAACAAGUGCAUGCAGGGCUCUUUCUGUAAUUCCAGUUCAGGUUGUCAUACUCCUGUGCAAAGUUCCACUAGGAACAGUUGCAUAAGUCUUCAUAUUGAGUCUUAUAAUCAGGGGACUUGUAUUAUUUCAGUAUUACAUAACAUAAUCAGGAUGAGGUGUCUUUUUAAACAAAUAGUAAAACAGUUUUAUUGCCAUUUUUCACUUACUUUACUUAGGUAGCUACUAAGCCACUGGAAAAUACUGGCUGAGAUUUUACAUUGCCCAAUAUAGCAUAGAGCUCUGCAGGCCAAACUGCUAUUUUUUUGACCAGGUCACCACCUCCAGAUGUAGAUUUUUGCUGAAACCUCCCCCCGCCUCCCAUGUAUGCCUAUUCCAUGGCUGGUGGAGGGUGGGAAGAGGAUCAGAGAAACAUCUAGCUACGCCCAAUUGCCAGACACAGUAUGGUUACAUCAUCCACUAAGAUCUUUUGGGGCUUCCAGAGGCCUCUGAAUGUUGUUAUCACUCUGCAUCUGGCUAUGAGGUAUCAUCAGAUGUGUUUCCUAUCCCCCGUACUCUCCAUCAGCCAUGGAAUGACCAUGCAGGGGGGAUAUCACAGCAAAACCUUGAGUUGAGGUGGAGGGCUUUAAUCAUUGCAGAGGGUGAAUGAUAAUACUAAUCUCUUCAACAACAGCAAACAAGACAUGUGCAGGUUUCAGGGUAAUUUAUAGUUGUGUAGUGCAGUGUAAUGGUUUGAGCAUUGGUCUAUGACUCUGGAAACCAGGGUUCCAUGUCUGUGCUCGGGCAUAGGAACCCAUUGUGUGUCCUUGGGUCAAUCACACACUCUGAACCAUAUGGUAAGCCUAUCAUGAUGUCUUCUGAACCCCAGAAGACACCAUGAUAGGUUUGCCAUAUGGUUGCAGUAAGUCAGAAAUGACUUGAAGGCACAUAGCAACAAUAACAGCAGCAUCAUUUGUCUCUAAUAUUAUAUUAUCCAAAGCACAUGUAUGUCCAUUCAAGCUUGGAUCAUAUUUAUUAAUUUAUUCAUUAUUAAGAGAAGUAGAUCAUAUAGAACACUUGGUUGUAACUAGUCAUAAAUAUGUCAUGACUAGUUUCUAAAUCAUGAAGGAGGAAUAUGAUCGCCUUCAAGUGUUGAUUCAUGGUGCUGAUUCACCAGUUGUCUUGGGCUCUGUUCUGGGUGUUCAGGUGGCAAUAAGGUAGACGGAAGAAGUUUUGCUCCACUGGCCAGCAACUUGUAGCAUUCUAGGUUUUUAAAAUAACAAGGUUUUUAAAAAUAACUUAUAGUUAUUUCUGAGAAACUGAAAAGUAUUGUUUCUCUAAAAUAUUGAAACUGCAAUGGCUUGAUCUGUUCUAGGGCCAUUUCUUUCUCUUCUUUUGCUGUUCACAGUAUCCUCAGCACUUU